UCUCUGACAUCUGUGGCUUGUGUAUUUUGCCGUGCUUCGACUGGAGAAUUACAUUAUUAGUGAAUAUCAAAAUAUGUCGAACGUGAUUGAUCCAAUAAAACUCCUUACGGAUAAAGGUGAACGCCAACCGUCGUUCAUGAACAGCACCUUCAAUCCAUUGGUGUGUUCUAUACUUGGAUUCGGUUGCGCUGUUUUCCUGAAUUUUGGUUUGAGAAAACCACCAUUCUCAGGCAUUCAGAAUCAUGUAAUCUUGGCGGCGCUAGGUGGUGGCGUGGGUGUGUACUUCGAUAAUAAGAGGAACGAGCAUCUUGCCAAACGCGAUGCUGUGCUGAGGCAUUACAUUGAAUUGCAUCCCGAUGAUUUUCCAAUCAAAGAGCGCAAGAAGUACGCUGACGUUUUGGAAGCAUGGGUACCUAUUCGUUAAAUAUGCCGUAGGACGCUGGUGAUGCCGUCAUAGAUAAAAUCACUAACGAAAAUGCUUUAGUUUGCAAGGAAUAUAAUUUGCAUAGAGAAACGCUAGUUGUUAAUUGGACUAUAGCUAAUGCGAAAUGAAUAAAAACUUGGUUUAAUACCAAUAAAAAGUUUA